AUGAUCGUCAGGACCGGCCAUUUAUCACAGCAGGCGCCGCCGCCUUUAGGUCGUCAUGAUAAUUCUCGACAUUGGUGGUCCUUUGGCGGUUUUCGGCAACAAUUCCCCCGACGCUGGAUUAAGAUGCUUCCUCUUCUUGGCUUGGUGUGUUUCUUCUCCGUCGGUCUCGGCGUGAGUAUAACUCAAAGAGAUCAAAUCUUUGAGAAUGGCCGGAGGCUGCAAGACCUCGGCAAUGACCAGGCUGUCAGCCAUUUCCCUCCUUCACGCCAGACACAGCAUUUUACCCACGAUCCCACUAUCAUCCGUGUGGGUGACGAGUAUUAUCUUUACCAUGUCGGUGAACACAUCCUGAUCCACACUGCGUCUAGUAUGGCUGGCCCAUGGAAACGUGUUGGCACCGUGUUGGAUGCCAAGAGUGUGAUCCCGAAGGGAGACCGUGCUGCGCCCUGGGCCCCUACUGUCAUUGCUGUGGAUGGUAUAUACUAUUGCUAUUAUAGUGUCAGUAAAGCUGGCUGCCGUGACAGCGCUAUCGGCGUGGCUACCUCGAGCUCGCCCGGUCCUGGCAACUGGCAUGACCACGGCAUUAUUAUCCAGACUGGCACGGGAAAUGGAUCAGACAUCUAUCCUUACACCGUGUCAAAUGCCAUUGACCCUAGCACAUUGAUCACCCCUGAAGGAGACGCUUAUUUGACUUUUGGAAGCUAUUGGAAUGGGAUUUUCCAAGUCCCGCUGGGAAAAGACCUUCUCUCGCCAGCUAGCACUACCGAGCCCGAUGCCCGUCAACUGGCAUGGGAGCCAAAAUCGCUCGGCCCGCCGAACCGCAUGGCCAACACCAUCUGUGGUGACCCGACCGGUCCACACGCCAUUGAAGGUGCUUUUAUCUCAUACAAUGAUGGUUGGUACUAUCUUUGGUAUAGCCAUGGUUUCUGCUGCGAUCUGAAGGCAGAUAACCUCCCGCCCGCUGGGCAAGAAUACUCGAUCCGUGUUGGGCGAUCGCAAAGUCCCCGUGGGCCAUUCACCGACAAAGCUGGUACAGACCUUGUCAAAGGCGGCGGCGAACUUGUCUAUGGCUCUAACGGAGACACCUAUGCUCCAGGCGGACAAGCUGUGAUCCGCGAUGGCGAUACCGAUGUGCUUUACUACCACUACUUGAACAGAACGAUUGGCAUUGGGUUCCAGGAUGCUUUACUUGGAUUUAAUCCUCUCAAAUAUGUCGACGGAUGGCCUGUCGUCCAGGCCUGA